CUUGAUGCUUCAGAAGAGGUUCAAUCUCUGCACUCAUAAUUUCUACUAACACAUAAACUUUUUAAAGAAAAUUAAAAAAGGUAGAAAAAAGAGAAUGAUAAUCCAGUGCUCCUUCUCACCUCCUCUGCAACACUGCUUCAGAACCGCCAUUUUUAUAAGACCAAGAAACAACCCUCACUCCCCUAUUUCCUGUGCUUUUAAUGAAAAAUCUCUCCUUUUCUUUUCAAGAAAGCCCACAAAGUUGAAAUUCACUGUGCCCAGAUUUUCCCUUCAGGUACUUAAAAAGAAAAACGAGAGCUGUUCAUCGUCGACAUUGACAGAAGUUGAAGAAGCUUCGUGGAAGGUGUCGGUCGGUGAAGGCGUACGAAAGGGAACUCCGCUUUUUGUUUCCACUGUUUUGUGUUCAUCGCUUGCAUGGUUGACACCUGUACAAACGGCACAAGCAAGUGAAUAUGUAAGAGCAAAUGCGAUGUACGAGGUCGGAGAGUUCUUUGAAUUGGGAAUCCAGCUUUCGUACUUGCUUCUACUUCUAGCUUUGCUUGGUGCUGGAAGCUUCUAUGUCAUUCGUCAAGUCCUAGUUCGUAGAGAGCUCGAUCUUUCUGCAAAAGACUUACAAGAGCAAAUCAGGAGCGGUGAGGCUAACGCGACAGAGCUGUUUGAACUCGGUGCAGUGAUGUUGAGAAGAAAGGUUUAUCCAGCUGCCACCAAAUACCUUCGUCAAGCAAUCGAUAAAUGGGACGGAGAUAAUCAAGAUCUUGCACAAGUUUAUAAUGCACUUGGAGUGACUUACGUUCUCGAUGAAAAAGUCGAAAAGGGCAUCGCCCAAUUCGAGACGGCCGUGAAACUUCAGCCAGGUUACGUAACCGCAUGGAAUAACUUAGGCGAUGCAUAUGAAAAAACCAACGACAUAAAAUCCGCUCUAAGGGCAUUUGAGGAAGUUGUACUUUUCGAUCCUAAUAACAAGAUUGCUCGUCCAAGAAGAGACGCACUCAAGGCGAAAGUAGACAUGUACAGAGGUGUUUCUGUGAAAACGAUCAAGAAGAAUAAACUUGCGGAUAAGAUUUGAUUGGAAAUGGAAAGCAGCAUGGGAAUAAAGAAGUUGAUGAAAGAUCCAAAAUGACGACAUCUAAUUUUAUUUUAUUUUUGUUCUCGGUUUGAUUUUAUUCCUUUUGGUGUACAACUUAUUGUCCAAAUCAAUUUGUAUAAACAAAACUUAGGUCGGUGUUUGCAAAAGUUUAUUUAAAAGCAUAAAGUGCGUAAGUGAUUGUAUUUGUGAGUUAAGUGGCCAUUAAGUGCUUAUUUUCAAAAGUUUGGGGGUGUUUGUAAAUAUUCUGCAAAAUGAACUUAAACAGCAUAAGUUGGCCUA